GACCCGGGUGGGGGUGGGCUGCCACGCGCCCCCUCGCUCCUGGCGCCCAUUGGACGGACGGUGAGCACGACGUGGCGCGGGGCGGUGCCGCCGCGUCUCGCAGCCAGUGAGGACGCGGGACGUGCCGUCGCCGCCUGCCUAUUGGCCACGCCGCGGCGGCGGGGGGGUAUAAAAGGCCGGCGGGGGCGCGGCGGCCGGGCAGCGGUGGGCGUGAUGGAGGCGACGGUGCCGGUGGAUGUGGAGGGCGAAGCCGGCGGGGACGCGGCCGUGACGGCGGCGCUGCGGCAGCGGUUGGCGGCGGGCGGGCAGAGCCACGUGCUGCGUUUCUGGCCCGAGCUGGGCAGCGAGGCCCGGCGGGCGCUGGCGGCGGAGCUGCGCGACAUGGACGUGGCUGAGAUCAACCGCUUCUUUCUCCGCGCCCGUGGGGACGGCGGCGGGGCGGCCGUAGCGGCGGGGCUGGACGCGCGGAUGGAGCCGGUGCCGCGGGACGUGCUGGGCAGCGCCUCCCGCGACCGCGAGCUGCUGCCGCGCUGGGAGAGCCGCGGGCUGGCGGAGAUCGCGGGGAGCCGCGUGGCCGUGCUGCUGCUGGCGGGCGGGCAGGGCACCCGCCUCGGCGUCCCCUACCCCAAGGGCAUGUGCGACGUGGGGCUGCCCUCCCGCAAGACCCUCUUCCACCUCCAGGCCCAGCGCCUGCGGCGGCUGCAGCAGCUAGCGGAGGAGCAGCACGGGACCCCCUGCCACAUCCCUUGGUACAUCAUGACGAGCGGCCGCACCAUGGAGUCCACCAAGGAGUUCUUCCUGAAGCACCGCUAUUUCGGCUUGAAGAAGGAGAACGUCAUCUUCUUCCAGCAGGGCAUGCUGCCUGCCCUGGGCUUUGAUGGGAAAAUCCUGCUGGAGGAGAAGGGCAAAAUCGCCAUGGCACCAGAUGGCAAUGGGGGCCUGUACCGGGCCCUGGGCACGCAUGGCAUCGUGGAGGACAUGGAGCAGAGGGGGGUGCAGAGUGUCCAUGUCUACUGUGUGGACAACAUCUUGGUGAAGGUGGCUGACCCCAGGUUCAUCGGGUUCUGCCUGGAGAAGGGAGCAGACUGUGGGGCCAAGGUGGUGGAGAAGACCAACCCCACAGAGCCAGUGGGUGUGGUGUGCCGAGUGGACGGUGUGUACCAGGUGGUGGAGUACAGCGAGAUCUCCCUGGGCACUGCCCAGAGACGGGGCCCCGACGGCCGCCUGCUCUUCAACGCCGGCAACAUUGCCAACCACUACUUCACCACUGCCUUCCUGAAGGAUGUGGUCAACACUUAUGAACCCCAGCUGCAGCACCACGUAGCUGAGAAGAAGAUCCCCCACGUGGACAUCAGCACGGGGCAGCUGAUCCAGCCUGAGAAGCCCAAUGGGAUCAAAAUGGAAAAAUUUGUCUUUGACAUCUUCCAGUUUUCCAAGCAGUUCGUGGUGUACGAGGUGCUGCGUGAGGACGAGUUCUCUCCCCUGAAGAACGCCGACAGCCAGAACGGCAAGGACAACCCCACCACGGCCCGGCAGGCGCUCAUGUCCCUGCACCACUGCUGGGUUCUCAACGCGGGAGGGCACUUCGUGGACGAGAACGGCACACGCCUCCCUGCCAUCCCGCGCCACUCAAGCGGAAGGUCAGAUGCCACCCCAGGCUGGGGAAGGUCAGCUGCCACCCCAGAUGUCAAUGACAACCUGAAGGAUGCAAAUGACCUGCCCAUCCAGUGUGAAAUUUCUCCCCUCGUCUCCUAUGGAGGAGAAGGGCUGGAGCAGUACGUGAAGGACCGGGAGUUUCGUGCACCCUUGAUCAUUGACGAGGACGGGAUCCACGAGCUGGUGAAGAAUGGGCUGUAGUGGUGGUGCAGAGCCCACGCUGGGCUGCCAGCCCCAGCUGAGAGCUGGGGAUUUGG